UUGAUUCUGCUUUUGCACCAUGUCAAUCCCUGAUGGACAUGGCCAAACUGCUGUGGUCGAUGUGUCAGAAGGAUUCUGGCUUUCAAGCUCUGACUUUAUUUGGAGCAAUGGGAUCAGCGAGUUUGACGUAGACGCCUUGGGUGCAAUCGGCUUCCCGCGUGACUGGCCCAGCGCCUACUCAAAGAGUGUUCCACUGAAGUCGCUCAUCGGGAAGCGCGGCCUUCUUCCCGCGAGACGGGUGGCUGUGGUGGGCUUACCAACCGCUGAUCAAUUGUCCAAACUGCCAGAUAUGUGCAAAAGUUCCACGUGCGUUCCUUUGCACAGCUUCCACAAUGCCGAGCGAAUCUCUAAAAUGGCUGGGCUGGAAAUCGUUCGCGGCUGGGCCAUCUACGAAAGGCUGGAUCAGCCAGUCGGGUCUGUUUUUGUGGCAGAAAGAUACUGGUGGAAUUCGCUCCCCGGAAGCAGCAGUACCAACAGUACCUGGAUUGACUUGUCUCCCCGGCCAACCUUUUGGCCCCAGCUCCUUCUCAUCGAGGAGGUUGAGCCAAAAAUCAAAGAGCGGAAGAUCCUGCCAAAGAAAGAUGCGCAGUUGAUGUCUCGUCUCAUUGCCCAAAGAUUUCCAGAAUACAAAGCUCGUCUGCCAGAGCUGCCAGCCCUGGAUACAAAGAUUUCCGGGCCCGCGAACAAAGUCAGUGUCACCGUGGAGAACGAGCCUGGCACCCAAGAAAUUCAAACAGCCAAGAAGCAGUCUGGAUAUGUGGCUGGCAAUGAGCGGAAUGGAAAGACUAAGACGAGUCAGACGAGCUUGGAUUAUUCGAAGUUUGACCACAUUGAAGAUUCAGACGACGAAAAGAUUGUCCUGAAGCAAGCUGUGACGUUGCCUAUGGGUUUGCCACGAGAAGCUGUCUCCAGACAAGAGUAUGACAACGUAUGGCGAGCCUUGUUGCAAGACAAGCAACUGCCCUUCACACCUGCGCCAGACUUGGAUGAGAUGUGGGGAUACUACAAGUUCGGUGGUAUGGACGAGCAAGCUUUGCUUGAUCAAGCGUGCGAAGUUCUGGGAAAAUUUCCUUGUCGAUUAGAUCCAAAGGAAUGGAAAGGCAAAACAUACAGCCUCACAAGGAAGUUGGAGAUGGAGAGUCGAGAAGAUGAAGCCAGGAUGUGGUCGAUUCUUGCCAUUCUCCGCUUCCCAGAUGCCGAUGCUUUUUACAACCAGGGUGUGCUAUUGAACAAGAUGUGCGACAAGGUCAAAUUUGGUGGUGCCUCCACUGUGAAGCUUCCGGCUUUGGAAACAUCCCAAGCUAAGAUGGUUUCUACCGAGCAGUACUGUUCGCUCUUUUCUCGCGCAGCAAUCAGCUACUAUCGACGCUCUCUAAAGGUCGACCCCAAACAGCGACCGGCGUACAUCAAUUUGAUCGGCAGCCUGGAACGGAAUGAACCUCCAAAUUGGUAUGACGAUGUUCAUGAACUUGCAAUCGCAGCAGUCAAAAAUGGCAUUUGGUACACAAAGUGGCAGCGUCCGCCGCAUUUUGUCCCGACAUUGCCUGCGAAACCUUUCCACAAUUCGCAAGACUUUCCUUUGUCGCGAGCUUUGGAAGAAAACUUCUCUGUGAUAAAAGCUGAGUACGAAGCCUACAGACAGAAGCUCGCAAAUCGGAAAGACUGGGAUGAUUCGGACACCACACCUGGAUUAGGAGAUGUUGGAAAUCGACCAGGAGCAUUGCACGAUGGUGGUCUUCGCAAGUCAGGAAAGUGGCAAGAAGUGCCCCUCUUUACCAAUUGCACGAUCCAGAGAGAAUAUACAGACUUGUUUCCAGAGACCACCCGCAUUCUUCAGACACAGUGUUCUGAUGCAACGGGCUUGGCUUUUUGUGGUGGUGGCGACGUUAUUUUUAGCGUGCUCACACCUGGUACCCGAUUACGACCACAUUGUGGGCCAAGCAAUGCGAGACUGACUUGUCAUCUGGCAAUCAGGGUACCAAGGAGCUGCGAGCAAGGCUGCUACAUCCGCGUGGGAUCUGAAAGCAGAAGAGCAUGGGAGGAGGGAAAAUGUUUGGUUUUUGAUGAUUCCUUUGAGCAUGAAGUAUUCUUCAGUGAGCCCAGAUCUGAUGAAGCAUAUCCUGGCGACAGAGUGGUGCUUUUGGCAAAUUUUUGGCAUCCAAAUUUUGGAUUUAAAAACGAUCCGGACUGGAGACAAAAAUCUGAUGAAAUGAUGGCGACGGUGGAUGUAGAGACACUACCACAGACCGCCUUAAUGAAGUCUGGAUGAGGUCUGAGCGUUAGACCAGCUUAUCUAUGGCUUAUUGCGUUUUCCCCAGUGCAAGCUUCUGAUUGAAGCCCAGAUGCUAUUCGUGUCUAAUAAAUAUUUGGUUCGGCCUCAAGACAUUUGUUUUCAUGGCCUGCAGUGAAGGCC